AUGUCUGAUUCCGAAGGUGAGGGAAGUAAUUAUGGAAGUGAGGCUGGAAGUGAAAGGUUAAGCAGUGCUGGUAGUGGAGACGAAGGUUCAGAAGGACCGAGAAAUUCAGUAAGAUCAGAAGAUGAAGGAUCGAGAUCCCCAUCUAGAUCUCACUCUAGAUCAAGGUCUAGAUCAGGAUCUAGAUCUAGAUCUAGAUCUCCAUCUGCUACUAGGGAUGAUGAAGCAGAAGAAGCAGGACCUGGCGAAGAAGAAGUUGAAGAUGAGCAAGAACCUGAGGGAGAAGAUUUAAAUUCUGAAGAAGAAUAUGAUGAAGAAGAAGAUGAGGAAGAUGAUGAUGACGAUAGAGCAAGAAAAAAGAAAAAAAAAGAUCGUUUCGGUGGUUUUAUUAUUGACGAAGCUGAAGUUGAUGAUGAAGUCGAAGAUGAAGACGAAUGGGAAGAUGGUGCUCAAGAAAUUGGAAUAGUUAGUAAUGAUUUGGAUGAAUUAGGUCCAACUGCAAGAGAAAUCGAAGGAAGAAGAAGAGGAACUAGUUUAUGGGAAUCAAGACGAGAGGAUGAAAUAGAAGAAUAUUUGAGAAACAAAUAUGCUGAGGAAGCCAUUGCUACAAGGCACUUUGGCGAUGGAGGAGAAGAAAUGUCUGAUGAAAUUACACAACAAACUCUCUUGCCAGGAGUGAAAGAUCCAAAUUUAUGGAUGGUGAGAUGUCGAAUAGGAGAAGAAAAAAUAACUGCUCUCUCUCUCAUGAGAAAAUUUAUUGCCUUUCAAAUGACUGAUGAGCCUCUUCAAAUAAAAUCAGUCGUUGCUCCAGAGGGUAUAAAAGGAUAUAUUUACAUAGAAGCUUUUAAACAACCACAUGUGAAAGCAGCCAUAAAUAACAUUGGUAACCUUCGUAUGGGUGCAUGGAAGCAGCAGAUGGUACCAAUUAAAGAAAUGACUGACGUACUCAGAGUUGUUAAAGAACAAACAGGUUUGAAAAAAAAACAGUGGGUUCGAUUAAAACGAGGUCAUUACAAGGACGACAUUGCCCAAGUAGAUUAUGUUGAUUUAGCACAAAAUCAAGUUCAUUUAAAACUAUUGCCUAGAAUUGAUUAUUCUAGAUUGAGAGGAGCUUUGAGAACGCAGCAAAGCGAAAAUGAAGCGUUAAAGAGAAAAAGAAAGAGGAGACCACCUGCAAAACCUUUUGAUCCGGAAGCGAUUAGAGCCGUAGGUGGCGAAGUGACCAGCGAUGGUGAUUUUUUAAUUUUCGAAGGAAAUCGUUACAGUCGAAAAGGAUUCCUGUAUAAAAAUUUCACAAUGAGCGCCAUAGUAGCAGACGGAGUUAAACCGAGUCUGUCGGAAUUGGAAAAAUUUGAAGAAGCUCCCGAAGGAAUCGACAUUGAACUCCCCACGACUAAUACGUUAAAAGAUGAUUCCACGUCUCAUUCCUUUUCCACCGGCGAUAAUGUUAUCGUUUGCGAAGGAGAAUUAAAACAUUUACAGGGUAAAAUUAUUUCGAUCGAUGGAAACUUGAUUAUGGUUCAACCCAAGCACGAAGUUUUGAAGGAUCCGAUAGAAUUUCCGGCCAACGAAUUGGAAAAACAUUUUCGACGUGGAGAUCACGUGAAAGUUUUAAGCGGAAGAUACGAAGGCGACACCGGGUUAAUCGUUAGAAUCGAAGAAAAUCGGGCCGUUUUAUUUAGUGAUUUAACAAUGCACGAGCUGGAAGUAUUACCUCGAGAUUUGCAAUUAUGUUCCGACAUGGCUACCGGAGUUGAUUCCAUGGGUCAAUUUCAAUGGGGAGACCUCGUGCAAUUAGAUCCGCAAACGGUAGGAGUCAUCGUACGUCUCGAAAGAGAUAAUUUCCACGUGUUGAGCAUGCACGGAAAGGUUGUACAAGCCAAACCUCAGGCACUGCAGAAAAAAAAAGAAUUGAGACGUGCAGUUGCUUUGGAUUCCGAAGAAAAUAACAUUCAAGUUAAAGACAUUGUUGACGUUAUUGACGGCUUGCAUUCGGGUAGAAGUGGGGAAAUCAAACAUUUGUACAGACGUUUCGCUUUCCUUCAUUCUCGAAUGUACAUCGACAACGGUGGAAUAUUUGUGUGUAAAACGAGGCAUCUUCAAUUGGCUGGAGGAAAUCGCUCAAAUCCCAUGGCUCCUUUGGGUAAUCAAAGUCCAUUUCACGGUGGAUUCAUGUCACCCCGUAUCGCGGCUUCACCUCGUCAUCAUGCUGGUGGCGGCGGCGGCGGUGGUGGUGGGGGAGGAGAUAGAGGAAGAGGUGGACGAAUGAAAAAUCGUUUUGGCGUUCGAAGAGAUAGAGAUAUCAUAGGUCAAACCAUUAAAAUUACAGGAGGUCCUUACAAAGGGAAUGUCGGUAUUGUUAAAGAUGCAACAGACUGUACCGCAAGAGUUGAAUUGCAUUCUAGUUGUCAAACGAUAUCGGUAGAUAGAUCUCAUAUAGCAAGUAUCGGCGUUCCUUCCAAAGAUGGAUCUAUCUCGACUUACAACCGAACUCCUUCCUUCGGUGGAGCUACUCCCAUGUACGCCGCCGGGCAAAAGACUCCCAUGCACGGACCUCAAACGCCAAUGUACGAGCCUGGGUCUCGUACUCCUUAUGGUAGCAUGACUCCGUCGCAUGAUGGAUCGCGAACUCCCGGACAAUCUGGAGCUUGGGAUGCCAACGUCGCGAACACGCCUGCAAGAUCGAAUGAUUUCGAAGUUUAUUCUUUGGAUGAAGCCAGUCCGAGUCCCGGAUACAAUCCGAGUACGCCUGGAUAUCAAGCCGGUGGUCCCUACACUCCGCAGACACCCGGUGGCACCAUGUACGGAUCUGAUCAUUCUUAUUCUCCCUAUCAACCGAGUCCUAGUCCAAGUGGAUUUCAAGGAGGAUCUUAUAGUAGCACUCCGAGUCCGAGCGGUGGUUACACGCCAUCUCCAAGCGGAGCUCCGUUGUACGCUACCCCGUCGUUGCAGUACAGUCCAAUGACUCCAGGGAGCGGCUCGGCUCCAAGUCCAUAUAAUCCUCACACUCCAGGAGCAGGACUCGACACUCCCGUCCAAGACUGGCAAACUACGGAUAUCGAAGUACGAAUUCGCGAUACACACGACGAUCCGGGAUUGUCGGGUCAAACGGGAAUCAUUCGUAGUAUCACCGGCGGAACUUGUUCCGUGUAUCUUCCAGACGAAGAAAGGGUUGUAAAUAUAAUCGGAGAUCAUUUAGAGCCCGUGAUACCUCAAAGAGGGGAUCAAGUUAAAGUGAUCAUGGGAGAAUUCAGGGAAGCCGUCGGACAAUUAUUAUCAAUCGACAAUCAAGAGGGAGUCGUUAAGCUCAAUCAAGAUCAAGUUCAAAUGUUACAAUUAAGAUUUCUAUGCAAAAUGAAGCCUAGCAUGUAA